AUGGCCCUUGAAGCAGAUCACGCGACAUCAACGGCCCGUAGCCAAGACUACAAGACUGAAAACGAAGCCCUCAAAUCGAAAAUCACCGCUCUACAAUGCGAAAUCCAAGAGAUACAGUCUCUACUUGACAAUCAUAAAGAUUGCAGCAAAUACCCUCAGACUACUGUAACAGCACUGAACUCGAAAGCAGAAGAGGCGGCAUCUCUCAAGUGUCCGGCCUAA